CUUCGUUAUUUCAUAUUAAAAUAACUUAUACUACCCGACAAAUAAACUAAAUGUGAUAAAAAAUAACUUAAUCGCUAAAAAGUUGCACGAAAAAUAAUACAGGAUAACAUUUAAAAUGAGAGGAUAAAAUUAAAAUAUGGAAGACACUUCGCAGAUAGAGUUUAACAUAAAUGUUAAAGUAGAAGAAAUAGAAGAGGAAAUAAAUACAGAAGAAACAAAUGAAUCUCUCAACAAUGUUUCAAAUGAACAGUACAAUGAACCAUUCUACGCUCAAGUUCUUAGUACAGAUAAUUCUGAUAAUGAGAACAUAAGUGAGAAUUCUAACUCUUUGGAACCUACAUGUAACAAAGAGGAUAACUCAAAUGAAGCAGGGGCAACAAGCAGUGCAUUUAAUCUGGAAAUCUGUAAUUCUUUGGAAUCAGAUGAUGAAAAAAAAUUCUUUGUCAUCCAAAAAAAUUUUAUAUACACAUUAACAAGAAAAACUAUACUAAAAGGUAUAGAAGAGCAAACGAAAUCGCUAAAAAGUAAAUCGGAUUCACUUUUAAAUAUAUUUACACGAACACAUCAUCCCGAAACAUACAUCCAUGCGAAAACUGUCCAUGAAUAUUUAUUAGAGAAUGCUAUAGAUUUAUGGAGGAAUUGGUAUGAAAGAAAUACAAAACUAAGGAACACACCCCUUUCAUACAAAUGUUAUAUAUGUAAUAAGGGAUGGUGGAGAUUGAAUCCGUUUAAACAACAUAUAAUAAUUCAUAAACACCCACAAUUUUUAAUAUCAUUCGAAGGUGUUGGUAACGAAGGGAAUAUAGUCGCAAGUAUUAAUUACCCAAAACUAAAUAAUACAAUAACAAUAAAUAGUAAUUGUUGGAAAUGUGAUAAACCAUACAAAAGCCAUGCUUUAACAGUAUUAUCGAAAUAUACUUGUGAUUCAUGUUGGAUGGAUUUUAAAACUUGCAUAGAGUUGGCACAACAUGAAAAUACAUGUAAAUCUAAUUUACAUGAUGGUCUGUUAUGUAAUUUAUGUCCUAUGUAUUUUGCAAAUAAAGACCUUUUGUAUAGACAUAAAAUUUUGUAUCACACACCAAAAUCGGAUGACCCAGCAGUAAUAGUGACAAAGAUAUGCAAUUUAUGUGAGGAGAAAUAUUAUUUUGUUGCUUACCAUGAUUGUCCGAAGCGUCCCAAGUUAUUUAAAUGUGAUUUUUGUUGGAAUAAAUAUGUAUCGAAACCGUUACAAGAGUUACAUAUGUCUAUGAAUAAAGGUUUUACUAAGUGUCCAGAUUGUUCUAGAAAUUUUAGGAAUUGCUUCCUUAUUGAACAUUUGAUAGAACAUUCUUGUAAUUACAGUGUUAUACAAUAUUGUAAUAAAUGUAAAUACGACGUACUUUACAUUGACAAAAGUCGUUUUGCUAGACAUAUGGUGAAACAUGAAACUGAUGUUAGAAAAAAACGCUAUACUGUUAAGAUGUUAUUGCCUAUGAAAUGCUAUCAAGGAAUUGUAUAUGAUAGUGCUAUUCCUCUUGAUAUAUCUGGUAGCCAUUUACUUGGAUAUUUAGAUAAUGUAGGGUACACAAAUUACACAUUACCAAAACUUCUAGCUUUAAUUUACAAAAUACAUAUACAAAACUCACGUAAUAAAAAGAAAAUAAAAGAGAAAAAGAAAACAGAAAUACAAAAUCAACCUAAGAAUGUUGAACAGAGUGAUUUGAAUAAAAAAAUAACUAAGAAAGUAACGCUGCAUUCAAUUGUGAAGAAUUCAAAAGAUGAUAUCGAAUCUGAUAUCGCGUUUCAACAACAAUUAGACGCUGAAAUAAAGAAAGAUGUUGAAAUCGAUAAUGAAAUAUCUGAAUUGUUUAAAACAUCUAGUAUUUAUAAGAAAUUUCUAGAUAAAGAAGCUAAUGAUCCGAUAGAAGAUAAUGAUGUUUGUAUUAUUGAGGAAAAGAAAGAAGUAUUUGUGAUAUCAGAUACCGAUAGUGAGACAUCAGAAAUAAUAAUAGAUUCGAUUUGUGAAGAUGUUCCUGAUAUUAAUAUGAUAAAUAGAUUUAAUUCUAAUAUGUUUUAUGAAACAGAUACUACAAGUAAAAUAGAAUGUAAUGAAGAUAAUAAUGAAAUAGAAGUACAAGAUACAAAUGAGAGUGUAAGAGAAAUCAAAAGAGAAGAUAAUACAAUUGAAAAUAUCUCAAAUGAAAUUAGAGAAGAAACUCAAAUUAAAGAAAAUUCAGUUGUAGAUUUUCUUAAUAAUGUUGAAAAAUUAGAUUUUAAAAUUGAAAAUGAUAAUUUAGAUAAUGAAGAAUUCGAAAUGGAAAUAUCUGAUUAUAAGAUAACAAUGGUACAAACAGAUUAUCCAUAUUGUUGUAAAAAUUGCAGAUAUAACGGCAAUUAUGAAGAUUUUAUAGCUCAUUUAUUGAGUUGUCGUAAACAUAUGAAAUGUACAUAUUGUAAGAGAACAUUUUCCGAUACGAAAUCGUAUUUAAAACAUUUCCCAGAACAUAAAUUGAAAUAUCUCUCUUGUCCUCAGUGUAAUAAGAAAUUUAGCGUUCUACAUAACCUUAAAAGACACAUUUUAACGCAUAUACAUGAAUUAUUUUUUACAAUACCUGAAGAUUCCGAAAAAUAUAUAAAUAACAAUACUUUUUUAUGUUAUGUUUGUGAUAAUGUCGUUGAAAUUGACAAUUUUUUCAUACAUUGGGAAUCUCAUUUGGAAUUAAUUGAAGUUGCAGUCGAUGAGGUGUCGGAAAAUGUCUCUGAAUUGAAAAGUAUGAUGACACCUGAAAUGGUAAAACGAGCUUUAGUUAUCCUAUCGGACACAAGCAGAGAUCAUAAGAACAAAAAAUGUAUAGUAUGUUCUAAAAUUAAUGUAAGAAAAAAUGACAGCAAGAGACAUUUAACCGAACAUCUAUUACAUGAAGCUAAAGUGAAGAUGAUUGCCGAAGGUGGGCAGCUAAAAUGCCCCAUGUGUGCUGAGGAAAUCAAGGAGUUGUCAACUUGGAGACAGCAUGUCCGAGAACAUGCCCAUAUCAGGAUAUAUCAGUGUUCUUUGUGCUAUAAAAAGUUUAGUGAUUCAAGUAAUUUUAGUAAACAUAGGAAAGUGCAUAAUCAACAUAAUUAUAUCUGUGAUCUGUGCGGUGGAAAGUUUUGUGCUAAGACGAGUAUUAUACGACAUUUAAAGAAUCACGAACCUAUGACAUCAAUGCAAUGCCCAAAAUGCGAUAAAAUACUUCCCUCUGAGCAUAGAUUGAAAAGACAUAUACAAGUUCGACAUAUAAAUUUUCUAUUCACAUGUCACGUGUGUAAUAGAAAAUUCAACACUUGUAAGGAGAAAUGGGAUCAUUUAUGGAAUAAACAUAAAAUAAGAAAAUAUGUAGCUGAUUGUCCGCUCUGCAGUAAACAGUAUAGACGGCUUAUAGAUGUUAAAAACCAUAUGAGAUUUAUGCACGGAAUUGAUAAAACUGAAGGAUCAUAUAAUACGACAUACUAUGAAGUUAAAAAUAAAAAGAAAAUAAAAAGGGAACCAAAGAAACCGGUAUCGGAGACUCUUAGUAAAGAUAUUUCAUAAU